AUGGUCAAACGUCAAACUGGGAGACCGGCAGAGAGUUCGUAUGUUUCGAACGUACCCGGUGAAGCCGGGGAGCCGACAUUUUUGCCAGCAACGAACACAUUAACUUCGGAAUCGUCACUUUCAUCUCCUCUGUUUCCUGUCUCGUCUAUAUUGAUAUCUACCGUAUCGACACCACUUGUCCUCUCCCUGCCAGAUUCGCAUCGGCGGGCGGAACAAAGACAGACGAUUUUAACCGACAAUAAAAACAAGCCUCAUAACAACAACUGCCCGAACAAGCAUAACAACAAUAUAAACGAUAUAUUUAGGACGAAUAUCCUUAUAGACAACAACCGCUGCAGCAACGACCGUGUAAGACAGUUACUGUUGAGUGACUUGGAGACUGCUCAAAGUGAUAACGAAAGGGACACAAGGGAUUUCGCUUCCCUGGGUGCGACCACGGUUCCUUUUGGAUACAGCGACAAUAUGACGCUUUACCAUAGAAACCCGAAAAUGCAAGCUUCGCGAAAAUCUCUUCCAAUGAGAACAAGCGAGCGAAAAAAGAAAUCGAAUUUUCAAAAUGUUUCUGUCAUUUGGUACAAUUCUCUCUCUCUCUCCCCUCUCUCUCUCUCUCUCUCUCUCUCUCUCUCUCUCUCUCUGUGCAUGAGAGAGAGAGAGAGAGAAAGAGAUUCUGUAGUCCUCUAUUUCUAUCUUUCCCCUCUAUCUAUCUUUCUAUCUUUCCUUAUAUCUCUCCUUCUGUCUUUCCUCUAUCUAUCUUUCUAUCAUUCCCUCUAUUAUUCUUUGUCUCUUUCCCUCUAUCUGUCAUUCCCUCUAUCACUGUUUGUAUCUCUCCCUCCACCUAUUCUUUCUUUCGCUCCAUCACUCUUUCUGUCUUUCCCUCUAUCUACCUUUCUCUCUUCUACUCCAUCUAUUUUCUGA